AUGACUUCCUCCUUUUUCACUUCCUUCACCCACUCACCUCUCCGCCCAACCCCCACCUCCCCCUCCCUUCACAUGCCCACUUCUCCACUCGUAGCUUCCGCAACCGGGGUACGGUUCGCUCGCGACCUAUCGGUUAGCCGCUCCUCGUUUUACGAAGUGCUUGGGAUUCCUAUGACAGCUUCUUGCCGGGAAAUCAAGGCGGCUUAUCGGAAGCUAGCGAGGAUCUGUCAUCCCGACGUUGUGGCGGAGAAUUCAGCGGAGGAGUUUAUUAAAAUUCAAACGGCGUAUUCGACAUUGUCGGAUCCGGAUAAAAGGGCGGAUUACGACAGGGAAAUUUGCAGAGCUCAAUUGGUUUCGGUUUCGGGGUUGUCGUCUCGGACGCCGGUCUCGGGUUAUUCCGGUUACUACACACGGCGAAAUUGGGAGUCGGAUCAAUGUUGGUAG